AGUGCUUUCAAAAUGCUAAAAGCACUUUCUGAUAACCAAAAACGUUUAAUAAAAACAAUUUUUCAGACAGCAGAAAUGCUUCCUCCAGAAUGUGACUAUAUAAAUACAAACUCUCACCGCAUAUCAAUCAUCUCUCUCUCUCUCUCUCUCUCUCUCUGUGCUUUCUCCUACAGAGAAGAAAAAAUGGGUGCUCUUGAUUAUCUUUCCAACUUUUGCACUGUCACCAGCACAAGGAGCAAGCGCAAAGCAAUGCAGACAGUUGAGAUCAAAGUCAAAAUGGAUUGUGAUGGCUGUGAAAGAAGAGUCAAGAACGCUGUUACCUCCAUGAAAGGUGUAAAAGCUGUGGAGGUGAACCGAAAACAAAGCCGGGUGAUUGUGAGUGGGUAUGUUGAACCAAACAAGGUGUUGAAGAGGGUAAAAAGUACAGGCAAGAGAGCUGAGUUUUGGCCGUACAUUCCUCAACAUCUGGUACACUAUCCGUACGCCUCUGGAGUUUAUGACAGAAGGGCACCAAAUGGGUACGUCAGAAAUGUGGUUCAAGCUUUUCCGGCCUCCAUGAAUGGCCCUGAGGAGAACAUGGUCUCCCUCUUCAGUGAUGAUAACGUCAAUGCUUGUUCCAUAAUGUAGUAAGCCCUAAUAAUAAUUCAUUCAGGCAAGAACUGCAUAAUCAUGCACUUCGUAAACUCUAGUUUUAAUUAGUUUGUACAAUUAGCAAUGGAAUUGUCUAUGUGUAAUUGUCGCGUGUUGUUAUCGAUAAUCUACGUAUUAUAAUAUGAGUGAACAUCUAGUUUAUACUAUAUAUAUAAGUGGAUUGUAAUAAAGCGUGACAGUGUGUCCUGAUACUAAACAAUAAUUUCUACUUUUACAAUAUUAUAAUAAGCAUAUAUAAUAUAA